UUUACAGAGACAACAUCCACAGGAGAGAGAGAGAGAGGAGGAACACGGAAUGAAGAAAAUUACAUUAAACAAAAAACACAAUGUUGGAAUUACCGUGUCUUAAACCAACCGGAGAAGGUACACGCUUUCCCUCCCUUCGUUCAUCGUGUGUUUGUUUUUCACCAAUAGGUGUAGAGCUGUUGUGUUAGCCCGUCUGUCCAACCAACCGCUCCACCAGGUGUAUCAGACCGCUGGGAAUGACUGCACCUUCACAACCUCACCAGGAGUGGGCCCUGGAGGACGACGCCCACAUCAAUCACACAGCCAGGAGCUAGGAGCACAUUUCUUCCUUUUAGCUAGGAUAGCCUUUCUUACUUUAGCUAGGAGCACCUUCCUUCCUUUAGCUAGGAGCACCUUCCUUCCUUUAGCUAGGAGCACCUUCCUUCCUUAGUUAGCUGGUGUGAGUCCAGUCCUAGGUUUAGAUGCAGCUUUGAUGCUGGUGGUGAUUUAGAGAGAGAGAGAGAGAGAGAGAGACUCACAGAAGAGGAUGGCUCAUCAGUUCACCUGAUCUCUACCCUCACUGUUGCUAACUUGAUUAGUAGUUAUCAGCCGUAGAGUAUAUUCACACUCACACAUUCAGUACUAGUCCUACACUGUGUGGUGACUUGGCUCCCUCCACCUCUCCAUUCCCCUCCACGCCCCCUGCCGGUCUGGUGGAUGUUUUGGCAGCUCUGAGGACUGCAUGGCAGUGGCGUAAUCGUGGAGAGGCCAGGGUACCACAAACUUAUGGACUUUGACAAGAGAGGAGGAGGAAAGGGAGAGGCAGAGGAAGGGAAGAGGAUGUCAAAGACGGGAGGGAGCCGGUCGGGGCACGGCAGUCGCAGCUCGGGGAGCAACUCCGGGGUGCUCAUGGUGGGCCCUAACUUCCGGGUCGGGAAGAAGAUCGGCUGUGGGAACUUUGGAGAGCUUCGCCUGGGGAAGAACCUGUACACUAAUGAAUAUGUGGCCAUCAAACUGGAGGCCAUCAAGUCCCGGGCCCCACAGCUCCACCUGGAGUACAGGUUCUAUAAACAGCUGGGGAGUUCAGAGGGCGUCCCCCAGGUAUUCUACUUCGGGCCCUGUGGGAAGUAUAAUGCCAUGGUUCUGGAGCUGCUGGGACCCAGUCUGGAAGACCUGUUUGAUCUGUGUGACAGAACCUUCUCCCUCAAGACCGUCCUCAUGAUCGCUAUUCAGCUGAUCACGCGGAUGGAGUUCGUCCACACCAGAAGUCUGAUCUACCGGGACGUGAAGCCAGAGAACUUCCUGGUUGGCCGGCCCGGCAGCAAGCGGCAGCACACCAUCCACAUCAUCGACUUCGGCCUGGCCAAAGAGUACAUCGACCCUGAGACCAAGAAACACAUCCCUUACAGGGAGCACAAGAGCCUGACGGGCACCGCACGUUACAUGAGCGUCAAUACUCACCUGGGCAAAGAACAAAGCAGGAGAGAUGACCUGGAAGCUCUAGGUCACAUGUUCAUGUACUUUCUGCGAGGCAGUCUGCCCUGGCAAGGCCUGAAGGCAGACACUCUGAAGGAGCGCUAUCAGAAGAUAGGUGACACCAAGAGAGCCACGCCCAUCGAGGUGCUAUGUGAGAGCUUCCCAGAAGAGAUGGCCACCUACCUGCGUUAUGUGCGCCGCCUGGAUUUCUUUGAGAAGCCGGACUACGACUACUUACGCAAACUCUUCACCGACCUCUUCGAUAGGAACGGCUACGUCUUUGAUUACGAGUACGACUGGGUCGGCAAGCCACUGCCCACUCCUAUUGGUCCAGUCCCCGGUGAGCCCCUCCUACAGUCCAGCAGCAGAGACAAGGCAGUGCAGCAGACCAAAAACCAGUCGCCAGAACCCAAAGGAAGUGAUUCCCAGCCCACUCCAGUGACCAAUAGGGAGCUGCUGGGGUCCCAUCUAACAGCUGAUAGGCUGGGGGGCUCUGUCCAGGUGUUGAGUUCAACCAAUGGGGAGCUGAAUACAGACGACGCGACGGCGGGCCACUCCAAUGCACCCAUCACUGCCCCGGCCGAGGUGGAGGUGGCCGACGACACUAAGUGCUGCUGUUUCUUUACGAGGAGGAAGAGGAAAGGCCUUCAGAGACACUAGUGAAGAAGAGGAAAGGCCUUCAGAGACACUAGUGAAGAAGAGGAAAGGCCUUCAGAGACACUAGUGAAGAAGAGGAAAGGCCUUCAGAGACACUAGUGAAGAAGAGGAAAGGCCUCCAGAGACACUAGUGAAGAAGAGGAAAGGCCUUCAGAGACACUAGUGAAGAAGAGGAAAGGCCUUCAGAGACACUAGUGAAGAAGAGGAAAGGCCUUCAGAGACACUAGUGAAGAAGAGGAAAGGCCUUCAGAGACACUAGUGAAGAAGAGGAAAGGCCUUCAGAAACACUAGUGAAGAAGAGGAAAGGCCUUCAGAGACACUAGUGAAGAAGAGGAAAGGCCUCCAGAGACACUAGUGAAGAAGAGGAAAGGCCUUCAGAGACACUAGUGAAGAAGAGGAAAGGCCUCCAGAGACACUAGUGAAGAAGAGGAAAGGCCUUCAGAGACACUAGUGAAGAAGAGGAAAGGCCUUCAGAGACACUAGUGAAGAAGAGGAAAGGCCUUCAGAGACACUAGUGAAGAAGAGGAAAGGCCUCCAGUGAAGAAGAGGAAAGGCCUUCAGAAACACUAGUGAAGAAGAGGAAAGGCCUUCAGAAACACUAGUGAAGAAGAGGAAAGGCCUCCAGUGACGAAGAGGAAAGGCCUUCAGAGACACUAGUGAAGAAGAGGAAAGGCCUUCAGAGACACUAGUGAAGAAGAGGAAAGGCCUUCAGAGACACUAGUGAAGAAGAGGAAAGGCCUCCAGUGACGAAGAGGAAAGGCCUCCAGUGACGAAGAGGAAAGGCCUCCAGUGACGAAGAGGAAAGGCCUCCAGUGACGAAGAGGAAAGGCCUCCAGUGAAGAAGAGGAAAGGCCUUCAGAAACACUAGUGAAGAAGAGGAAAGGCCUUCAGAGACACUAGUGAAGAAGAGGAAAGGCCUCCAGUGACGAAGAGGAAAGGCCUCCAGUGACGAAGAGGAAAGGCCUCCAGUGACGAAGAGGAAAGGCCUUCAGAAACACUAGUGAAGAAGAGGAAAGGCCUUCAGAGACACUAGUGAAGAAGAGGAAAGGCCUCCAGAGACACUAGUGAAGAAGAGGAAAGGCCUUCAGAGACACUAGUGAAGAAGAGGAAAGGCCUCCAGUGAAGAAGAGGAAAGGCCUUCAGAAACACUAGUGAAGAAGAGGAAAGGCCUUCAGAGACACUAGUGAAGAAGAAGAGGAGGAGAAGGAGUUGUUGGAAACCACACUGACAGACUGACAGAGGGAAGGAAGCAGUACUGAAACUGAGCUGAGCCCAGUACUCUACACCCUUCUCUCUGUCUGUCUCACUCUGUAUGUGUUCAGUUAGAGCGCCCCCUGUUGACCCUCCUGCAGUACUACAACAGACUGAUGACUUGCCGCUACAGACGGACAGGACACAAUGGGACAGAACCAUGACUGUCUGUGCUUGGACCCGUUUUAUAUUCUAAACCUGAAGAAGAAGAUUGUAAUGAAUAAAUGUGUAUAUUUCUAUGAGGGAUGGAUGGAUGGAUGGAU